AUAAUUAAGAGAGAGGGGAAAAUAGGAACUGGCCUAUCUGUAACCUUUAAAGGAGAAAUACUCAUUUUUUUUAGUGAGCUGAUUGAAAGAGUCUGAGACUGAGGUUGCUGCUGCCUGCGUGGGGUGCUGUCGGGAUCAAAUAGGUGCUUGCGCUCGGAUCGCUUUGAUUCUGGAGGAGAAACCGGGUCAAGAAGAGGGGGACCGAUGGGAAAGAAAGGACAAUGCUGUUUCGUGUCAUUUCUUCGCUUAUUUGGAGGACCGCGCAGAUUUUACAAUUAAUCACCGUCCGUUUUUAGAUUAGUGACAUUUCGGAUUCAGCACUGGCACCGACGCACCCUGCCACCGGCAUCUCACCCUUUGGGCAGCAUCUAUUUCAGGGAUAGCUCACUGUUCAUUGGCUACAUUGUGUGCAAGCCAGCUCUUUAUGCAGAUUUCUACCUGCAUUCAUAAUUUUGCUUGAAAGUGACGGUCCUCUGUAAUUUUUUUUAAUUUUUUUGUCCGCCGCAUGAAUUCUCCCACCGGAUCCUCGUCGGUGUACUCUGCUGCUUCUGUCCUCCUCCUCCUCUUCCUCCUGACUCUCACAGAGGGCACUACCCUCCUCCCUACCACUAAAGACAUUUUGAUCGUCCUGCCCAGCUCCCCCCACCCGGACACGACCAUCGCCAGCACCACCAUCACCACCACCUCCUCUUCCUCCUCCUCCACUGUAACAUGUCGGGACAGUCUUUGACGGACCGGAUCGCCGCCGCGCAGCACAGCAUGACCGGGUCUGCCAUCAGCAAAGCCGUCUGUAAGGCCACGACGCAUGAAGUCAGCGGACCCAAGAAGAAACACCUUGACUACCUGAUCCACUGCACCAAUGAGCUGAACGUCAGCAUCCCCCACCUGGCAGACACGCUGCUGGAGCGCACAACAAGCAACAGCUGGAUUGUGGUUUUCAAAGCGCUCAUCACCACACACCACCUCAUGAUGUACGGCAGUGAGAGAUUGAUGCAGUACCUCGCCUCCAGAAACACGCUCUUCAACCUCAAUAACUUUCUAGAUAAGGCUGCACUGCAAGGAUACAACAUGUCAACCUUCAUCAGACGCUACAGUCGAUACCUGAAUGAAAAAGCCAUGUCUUAUAGACUAGCAGCAGUGGACUUCACCAAGAUGAAGAGAGGAGCUGACGGUGUGAUGCGCACUAUGAACACAGAGAAGCUGAUUAAGACUUUGCCCAUCAUACAAAACCAGCUGGAUGCACUGCUAGAUUUUCAGCCAAACUCCAACGAGCUGACCAAUGGGGUGAUCAACACAGCGUUCAUGCUGCUGUUUAAGGACUCCAUACGGCUGUUUGCUGCUUUCAAUGAGGGUGUCAUCAACAUGUUGGAGAAAUACUUUGACAUGAAGAAGAGUCAGUGCAAAGAAGCGUUGGAGAUCUACAAGAACUUCCUGAACAGGAUGACAAAACUGUCUGAGUUUCUCAAAGUGGCAGAGCAAGUUGGGAUAGAUCAGGGCGACAGCCCCGAUCUCACACAGGCUCCCAGCUCCCUCCUGGAGGCUUUGGAGCAACAUCUUGCUUCCCUGGAAGGCAGGAAGCUCAAAGAUCUGUCUACUGCCAGCAGAUCCAGCACCUUGUCCAGCGCAGUAUCGUCUCUCUCCAGUGCAGGGAUCUCUCUCAGUCGUAUGGAGGACAAGACAGAGGACAACCGACUGCAGCAACACAAGGAGGAUGGUCACAAAGUGAUCGACAUUCAGACGCCUACUGUUUCGCCCAGCACCCAGUCGGUGGGGAGUGCCAACAGCAGCGGAGGGGCUACGGAUCUCUUCUCAAACUCACCCAGUGUACCCAUUAAUAACCAUGUGCCAAACCUGACCAGCGAGUUGUUCACCCUGCAGUCCCACUUCACCCCCAUCCAGACCACACACACUGUGCCCCACAACAACAAUGCCUGGGGAGGAGACCUGCUAAAGCCAUCCCCACCUAUUCAGAUUCACAGUCCUGGAGUUCCAUUGCACUCUGGUAAAAUGCUCCCCAAUGAUUUGGACUCUUCAUUAGCAAACUUGGUUGGGAACCUACAGUUUGGGGGCACACCGGCUAAAAAGCCAGAGUUCCAUUGGAGCCAGCUAGUGGAGAAGAAACCCACUGGAGGGAGUGGCUGGCAGCCAAAGACUAUGUGUACCAACACCAACUGGACUCAUGCUACCCAUCCCAUGGCACCUGCACCCAUGCCCAUCCCUCAGAUGAAUGGGAUGAUCUAUACGGGAUAUGCUCCGGCACCAGUGGCUUUUCCUAUGACGACACCCCAAGUGCCUGUGUACGGAAUGCUCCCUCCUCAGAUGAGUCAUCAGAUGGGGGGUGUUCCCAUGAUUCCUGCGCAGCCUGUCAUGUAUAACCAGCCUGUCCUGAGACCCACCAAUCCUUUUGGACCCAUCCCGGGUACACAGAUGCACUUCAUGUAGAGAUGAUGUUGGAACCAUAGCAGCACAGAUGAGAGAGAAGAGGCAAGAGAAAGAGAUGGAAAAGAAAGAGCUGACAGCAAACACAAAUACAGAACCAAAUCCGGUGCAAGAGGAAGAAAAAACGGCAAGGGAAUAGGAGGACCAGAGCAGAGGAUUAAUAGAAGAUGAAAUGCUGAUGUCAAUUUACUGUCACUCCACCCUCUAUUCCCCCACUAAUAGCUGUUGAGCAUCAGAGGCUCCUCAUCAUUUCCACCCAACUUAUCUUUGUUUGGCCUCUUCUAAUGGCAAUCACAGCCUAUGCUGACAUUGCAUAAACUGACAGCUAUUAUGGAAGUUCUUCACCUUCUCCUGAGCCACUACCCCUGUUAAUAACCUAUAUGAAAACUUACCCACAUCUCUCCCCAUUCAACACCUGAAUCAAACUUGGAGGGCAAGCAUCUCUAUCUCUGAUUCGAUCAUUUGCUGGCACUUUACUCAAUGUGAACUUUUGCCAAGGGUGUGUUUCUGCGUAGAUGAUUCUAGAAUCUUGUUCCGAUUGGUUCCUGAUUGCUUGUCAACCAUCAUCUGAUAUUGCAAGUGAUUUGAAUGCGUGCGAGUUUUUGCUUUUUAUUUUCUACAUUUCAGCGAGCUGCAUCAACAUCAUUUCUUUUUAUGAUCUUCAUUUGUUCUUAAAUGCGUAAAACAAUGAUUUUUGGGUGUGCCUGUGUGAUGGUAGAUGGACGUAGCUCUUUAGAGUGAGAACUUUGUGUGUGUGUGUGUAAAUUAUCUUUUGGUACCUGAUGUCAUGACUAUAUGUUGCCAGGUGCCAAUGUGUUACUGCACUGGAAUUUAACGAUGAAAGCACUGAGCCAGACCCACCUAUUGCAUUUGGAUGUAAACAGACCUCUCAUACUAACUUUACUACUUGGGGACAUGCUGUACACACUGUUUUCCUUCUUUGUUUCCCCCUUCUGCAACUGCGUGAUAUUGUGAAACUGUCUUUUUCACAUCUUUACCUUGCGUAGAAGCUUUCUUCUGCUGCACUAUACUUUACUUGUCCACAUGGUUUCUCUGUAUAGAAUUCUUUUUAAUUUUUCCGGUUGUUUUAUAAUCUUCUCUUGUAUACCUGUACUGCUCUAUUAGUGAAACCUAGAAGGGGAUUUUCGGUCUAACCAAUCAGAAAUUGUUUAAUUUUCUCUGUGUCCUGAAUAAGUUACAUUUAAAGUCUUGUUCACCUCAGAAAAUCUGGAUUUGGGCAAGCAAUCCAGCUUAUGUGCAACCUUUACCCAGAGGACCUGGGCUUUUGUUCAUCAAGUCUUAUCAUAUACAAACAGGACAGCUAAAGGUCGUUGCGAGAAGUCCAGUGAACAUCCGACGAUCAUAAAGCGGCUGAGGGUAAUGUCUUCUCAUCAGAACCCUGGUAACGCCUGCAGUGAUGGCGCAUAGAUCAAUCCAGACAGCCCGAGACGAGGAGCCUUAAUGAGGCAUUAAAUGCUAAUGUGGAUUUUCUGGCAGAUCCAAGGUCAAGACAGACGCACAGUCUGAUAAUAUAUAUAUACAUAUAUUUAUAGCACAAACCUUCAAAGAAGGAACAAUGCUCUGCUGCACAAAAACCUAAAAACCAUUGCUGGGAUGUACAGUGAAAAGGGGCAAUAAUCGAUUGGGGGUGAAGUCGUUUUCUAUUGAUUGUGUCUGUUCUAUGUACAUGUACUUAGUGUGUUUGUGUGCACAUGCCUACGCAUAGAGAUUAACAGGGUCAUGUUCCUUGGUUAGAGAUGGAAGGUCUCUAAGCAAGAUGGUAGCGUGUACUAACUUAGCAUUGAGUGUUCUUGUGACAGUGUCCGAGUCUGUACAACACAUCAGCUGUAGGUGGCUAUAGGAUCAUUCGCCUGCUGAGUACACACUGAUCUCCUCAGACGGCGGGUGAUUUCUAACCAAAUCUUCAGAGACGACCAAAAGUACAUUAGCGUACUGUGAUUUAAGGUUAAAAUUCAAAUGACACCUGGCUCCCUGCAGCUAAGACUCUGCUACCAGCAGAGACUUAUAUUAGAAAUCAUCACUAAGCAUGCAGAUAUUCUGAGGUUUCACCUAUUUGACAAGUUCAGCUGUUGUUAUACUCCUCCAUCAUUCUUGUUCCAGUGGUUUGUCCUUCUUCAGCUGAAAGCUUUAUUCAACGAGCUCUUCAGCUCCACAACUCAACCCAUCCUGGGAUCUGACUGUUACCGUGUCCCCUCUGUAUAUAGGUAAUGCUGUUCAUGUGUUUUUAGACGUUCUCUCUGUAAAAGUGAUCGAAGCCCCGUUGGAUGACUUACUGUAUGUUGGACAAUUUAUUGCUGUAUCUGUGUUUGAAUGGUUGUAGUUUUUGAAGGUGUCAUCAUCCAGGGAUGGGCAGGUGGGCAUGGGUCGAUGUUUGUGCUCUUUGUGUCCAUCUCAAGGUGGAAGUGGGUUGGGGGUCAAGGGUAAACUAUCACAACUGGUCAAUACCAAGAGUGUCUUCAUUGAAAAAAAGAGGACAGGACAGGGUCUGUCCUCUUUGAAACAGGAACAUUUUUUGCACCAAAGUCAUCAUCAAAGCGCAGCUUCUUAUCCAAGGUCACUAAGGAUGGAUGAUAUCAGAACUCAAAGGAUUUUUGUUUGGUUCUUUUAUUUUCUAAAGACAAACAAAACUGUCUCUUUUGCAUGAUUACGUGUCGUCUUUUUAUUGGCUUGUGUGCCCGGUAAAAGCAUGACCAUAGUGUGAACUCACUCUUACCGGUGUGUUUGGAAAAUGUUAACAAACUUACUCAUUGAGACUUUUUUUUUUUUUUAAACUUACCUCUCAUCAUCCACUGUUUUACGAUGCAGGGUCUGUAACUGUUUGAAGGUUGCCUCGCAUGGAUCAAUGCAACUUGCAAGUAACCCAUCAAACUUCAAACCCAGUUACCACGACUGCAUCUCUGUAAAACGCCAUGGAUGUCAACACCGGUUACCACCUAACUAGCUAGACAUUGCAGUCUUGUAAAAACCGUUCUUUAUUAAAGCGUUGCUAUUUUCAAUA